AUGAACGCGUCGGGACGGCUGCCGGCGGGGGGCGAGGAAGAGCCCCCAGGAGCUGCUCUGCUGCCGUUGGGCGGGAACGGCAGCGCGGGCGGCGGCCCCGGGGAGCUGCGGGAGGCGACCCACGCCGUAACGCUGGCGGCCUGCGUCUGCCUGCUGGCCCUCAUCUUCUGCCUGGGCUCCUACGGCAACCUCAUCGUCCUCCUGUCCUUCUUCGAUCCCGCCCUCAGGAAAUUCAGGACCAACUUCGACUUCAUGAUUCUUAAUCUCUCCUUCUGCGACCUCUUCAUCUGUGGGGUGGCCGCCCCCAUGUUUGCCUUUGUCCUCUUCUUUGACUUGACCCGAGGCGUCCCGGGCGCCUUCUGCUUCACCUUCCACCUCACCAGCUCCGGUUUCAUCAUCAUGUCGCUCAAGACAGUGGCAGUCAUUGCCCUGCACCGGCUGCGCAUGGUGCUGGGGAAGCAGCCACACCACACAGCCUCCUUUCCUUGCACCCUUCUUCUCACGCUGCUCUUGUGGGCUACUAGCUUCACCCUGGCCACCUUGGCCACCCUCAAAACCCAUGGCUCCCGCCUCUGCUUGCCCAUGUCCAGCUUUGCUAGUGGCAAGGGGAAGAUCAUCCUCUACCUUUACGUCAUUGACUUCAUCUGCUGUGUGGCUGUGGUGUCUAUCUCCUACGUUAUGAUCGCCCAAGCCCUGCGGAGGAAUGCCCAGGUGAGGAAGUGUCCACCUGUGGUGGCUGUAGAUGCCCCCAGACUGCAGCCCUUCAUGGGACCCCUGGCCACUGGGGCCAGGGAGGGUGUGCAAAGCUCCAUGCCUGCCUUGUACAGGAACCAGAGCUACAGCAAGCCACAGCAUGUCCAGAGGCAUGGCUAUGCCAAGCGUCUUGGCCAGCCGUUGGCCACUACUGGCCGGCUCCAGCUAGUGUCAGCAGUCAACCUGUCCACAGCCAAAGACUCCAGGGCAGUGGUGACGUGCAUCAUCAUUGUCCUUUCAGUAUUGGUUUGUUGCUUGCCCUUGGUCAUCUCUUUGAUGCAGGACAUGCUGUCCAGUAGCAGUGGCUUUGUUCUCUACCAGUUUGAGCUGUGUGGAUUUACUCUCAUUUUUUUCAAAUCAGGAUUAAAUCCUUUUAUAUAUUCCCGCAAUAGUGCGGGACUUCGGAGACGGGUCCUCUGGUGCCUGCAGUAUGUAGCCCUUGUCUUUUUUUGCUGCAAGCAGAAGACAAGGCUUCGAGCCAUGGGCAAAGGCAGCCUGGAAGUCAACAGAAACAAGUCAUCCCACCAUGAGACGAAUUCAGCCUACAUGUUGUCUCCAAAACCUCAGAAAAAGUUUAUGGACCAAGCUUGUGGUCCUAGUCACUCCAAGGAAAGCGUGCUGAGUCCUAAGGCAUCUGAUGGACACCAGCACUAUGCACAGAGCAGCUCCACCCCCAUGAACACCCGAAUCGAGCCCUAUUACAGUAUCUAUAACAGCAGCCCUUCCCUGGAAACGAGCACGCCAAACAGCUUACAGCCAGCAAACUCAGCUUUCGGGUUUGCCAAACCUUACAUUGCCAUGCAUUAUCACACCACCCAUGACUUGGUGCGAGACUAUGACAGUGCUUCAACCAAGCAGAUACCAGUGCCCUAG